CACCAUUUACAUUGACGUGCAGUGUAUUGCUAACCACUAGUAGUACUGUACACACAGUUAUUAGAUACCCAACCAACCCAUCAAAAAUACCUACUAUUAUAUCUCAUAUAAUAGAGAGCACCGGUAUUUUUUAACGGCACAGUUAUGUCAUCUACUACUGUACGACGUGUACUAAUCUAUGGCGGCAAAGGAGCUCUGGGAUCAGUUUGUGUCCAGUUUUUUAAGAAACAAAAUUGGUGGGUUACAUCAGUCGAUUUGGUAGCCAAUAGCGAGGCCAACGAAAAUAUAGUAAUCAAGUCGUCGACUACCGACCAAUGGACACAACAGGAGGCCGAAGUGGUCAACGGUGUCGGCCAAGUAUUGGGCUCAGACAACAAACUCGAUGCCAUUGUCUGUGUGGCCGGCGGUUGGGCGGGUGGAUCGGCCGCAGCCGACGAUUUUGUCAAAAAUACCGAUCUAAUGAUCAGACAGAGUCUAUGGAGUUCAGUAAUAUCGGCAAAAUUGGCCGCAAAAUACUUAUCGGAUGGCGGACUGUUGGCAUUGACCGGCGCUCGGGCAGCGCUCGAACCAACACCCGGUAUGAUUGGCUACGGAUUGGCCAAAUCGGCUGUACAUCAUUUGGUUCAGAGUCUAAGCCAAUCGACUGGUGGAUUGCCUACCGGGGCGACAGUUGUGGCCAUAUUGCCCGUUACGUUCGAUACGCCAAUGAAUCGUAAGUUUAUGCCCAAAGCCGAUACCAGUCAGUGGACACCGUUAGAGUUUGCCGCCGAACUUAUGUGGAAAUGGGCGUCAGCGCCGGCGGCGGCGACCGAUGAUGUCCGGCCAAAGUCUGGCUCAUUGGUUCAAUUGAUUACCAAAUCGGGCGAAACGGAACUUGUGGUCACUGCUGGCCAUAACUAACAUUGAUAUAUAUAUAUAUAUGCCGUAAAUAUAUUGUCGUGAUAUAUGUGUAUCAAAAAUAAAACAACGAAAUAAUUUCUAUCAAUUA